AUGAGCGACGAUGAAAUUUGUGCAGGUUUGGCAAAUGGGACACUUUUGAAGGGCCAGAUCCGAAUAAAUCAGAGGAAAUUUGAGGAAGCAUUUAUCGACAAUCCUAAUGGUAGCGAGUUUCCAGAUAUCGCAGUUUUGGGCAUGCCUGAUCGAAACCGCGCUUUACAGGGUGAUGUGGUGGCCAUCCGCAUAAAACCUCGCUGUAAUUGGGUUGUGAAUGAAGACUCCUACAAAAGUUGGAAAAAGGAUUUUUGUAAGAAAGGCGCAGGGUCUCCUGUUGAUGAGUGCGGAGAGGUUACUGGCGUCUUGGAAGUCAUGGAGGAAUUGAUUGAAACGGCUUCGUCUCUGGAUAGCGGUUUUGCGAUACCAGAAAAGGGAAUACCUGCUCAAUCCGAAAUCUCUGAGAACUUGCAGAAUGUGGCUGGAAUAGAUGUUUCGCUCAAGGAUGAGUGCUGCAUCGACGUCCAGGUUGAUGACGGAAGUGAGUCAGCCACAACUUUGGGCGAAGAGGAGUUUUGUCAGCCUCCAAAUUUAGAGGAGGUCGUCGCUGCCGAUGGUGGGUCUAUUACUUUGGUCAGUGCAGAGAAACUCAAGAUGAAACCAGCGAAAAAGAAGUCAUACCGGAUUUUGUCCGAUCUGCCACUAGAGGAGUGGUGUUUACCUGAUGACUGCCUGCAAAAAACUGCUGAAGUUGUCGGUAUCGUGGAACAAAAGAAUUCUCGUCUGGCUAUGGGUCGAUUAGAACCAGCGCUAGGGUCUCAACGAAAAUGGGCAAAGUUUUCACCCACAGAUUCUAGAUUACCGAGAAUGAUGAUAGAUGCUGCUCAGCUUCCGAAGGAUUUCUUUGAAAGGCCGCAGGACUUCAGCAAAUUCUUAUUCCUCGCAAAGAUUGUGGAAUGGGCUCAGAAUUCAGUCAUGGCUCGUGGUAACCUAGAGAAGGAGCUGGGACUGGCUGGUGAUAUUGAUGCAGAAACUGAAGGUUUGCUCAUAACGAACAACGUGGAUACGCGCGAAUUUUCCGAAGCGGUCAUCGAAUGCCUUCCGUUAGUGCCUGAAGGCGGAUGGAAAAUAGAUGAAGCAGAGCUCGCUAAACGCCGUGAUUUACGAGAUGAAAUUAUAUUCACAAUUGACCCGAAAACCGCGAGGGACCUCGACGACGCGCUUUCGAUAAGCCCCUGUGAGGAUGUCGACGGCUGUGGUACUCCUGGCUGGGAGGUUGGUGUUCAUAUCGCUGAUGUUACCUAUUUUGUCUAUGAAAAUACGGAAUUGGAUGAGUGGGCAUCUCAAAGAGCUACAAGUGUCUAUUUGGUUCAUCAGGUUGGGCUCUCUUAUACAAAUGAACAAUAUUUUGGUUAUCUCUUCCAUUCACAGGUGGUUCCUAUGCUACCUCGACUUCUCUGUGAAGAGUUAUGCAGUCUGAAUGCGGGUGUAGAUCGGUUGACGUUUUCUGUGACGUGGAAAAUGGAUGACAAGGCGAACAUAUACGAGGAAUGGUUUGGAAGAACGGUCAUACGGUCUCGAGUUAAGCUUACUUAUGAGCAUGCACAGGAUUUCAUCGAAAAUCCAGAAAAGGAGUUCCUCGAAGUCGAAAUGCCUGAAAUAUCCGAUGGCGUUACAGUUCACCAACUAAAAGAAAAGGUGUUACAAUUAAAUGCUAUUGCGAAAUUGCUGCGACAGAAAAGAAGCGAAGGAGGCUCGCUACAACUUGAUCAGCCGAAACUGAAAUUUGCUUUGGAUGACGACAACAAGUCGCCCAUCGGUGUAUCCAUAUACGAGGCUAAGGAUUCUAACCGAUUAGUGGAGGAGUUUAUGUUGCUCGCGAAUAUGGCCGUUGCCAGGAAAAUUGAAAGGCAUUAUAGGAAGACAGCACUGUUACGAUGUCAUCCUAAACCGAAGGCCAAAGUUCUUCGUGAUGCGCUGAAACUGUGUAAUACAAUUGGAUUUCCCAUUGACGGGACUUCGUCAGGAGAGCUCAGUCGUGCAUUGGCUCCAUUUCGAAGUAACUCUCGGCUCUUGAGGUCGAUUAACCAGGUUCUAUCAAUGGUUCUCAUGAAAGCUAUGGAACUCGCUCGGUAUUUCUGUACGGGUUCUGUUGCAAGUCAAACUCAGUAUCAUCACUACGCUUUGAACGUGCCUUUCUACACCCACUUCACCUCACCCAUUCGUCGAUAUCCAGACAUCAUUGUUCAUAGAUUGUUGGCGGCAUCACUGGGUUACUGUGAACCUUCCGAAAGGACUGUGGAAGAACUGGAGAAAAUUGCUCAACACUGCAACGACAAGAAGUUGAUUGCGAAGAAGGUUGGAGAAAGCAGUGCUGAAACAUUCUUCGCUGUUUUGGUGCAGAGAAUUGGACCUAUGGAAGCAAAGGGUGUUGUCGUGAAUGUACUCGACAUGGCAUUUGAUGUCCUUCUGAUCAAAUACGGUGCAGUAAAGAGGGUGUACGUUAAGUCACUGGAGAUGAGACGUGAGCCCUUAUUUGAAGAGUCUUCCGCACGGCUUACACUGUACUGGUCGACGGAUGACGGUCCGAUGGAACAGCUGAUUCAGAUGUGCACGGUAGUUGACGUUAUCUUAAUAGGUGAACCGAAUUCCACGAAGUUCGAUGCAGUGAUCAAACCGAAACCAAGCAGAGAUUCUCCAACCCUCGUCGAGCUUUGGCGUGAAUUGGAGAGUGCUGGCGCCAACGUUAAUGAUCUUGAUUUGGGCUCAAUUUUACUGGCAGACUAG